AUGACCCAAGCCAAAAAGCUGAUUGAUAUUAAAAAUCUUACAUACGAGGAUUCUCGAGCGCUAAAAACGAAAACCCCUAUUACGGUCCUACAAGAGCUGACAGUUCAAAAGGGUUUGGCUCCUCCAGAUUUUCAGAUUGUCUUGAGUGAUUCUGGGGCGCACGAAAUUCGGUUCGAUUAUACGGUGACUGUAUCUGGAAUAACAGCAAGUGGAACUGGACCAUCGAAAAAGGUAGGAAAACAUCAUGCUGCACAUAACGCAUUGAAAGUCCUAGAAGAAGUGGGCAUCUAUAAGCCAUCCGAAAAUCCAGUGGAUGAAUUUAAAGUCCCUUUCAAAGAAAGUGCGGAUCAUUUUAAAGCUGCAUUAAAUUGCAUACUUGAAUUGCUAAAAAUAUGCAUGAAAGAGAAAAUUCCUGUUCCCGAGUUUAAUGAAGUUUCCAGAGUGGGACCGCCUCAUGCCAAGGAGUUUUAUAAAUAG